AUGGGGCGAAUAAACAUUUACAAUCUGAUUGUGGUAUUGUUUGUUGCCUUGGGAUCAUUCACAUAUGGAUUCAACUCCUCAAUUGUGGCAUCGUUUACGGCGCUACCGGCUUUUUAUGCAUACUUCAACUUUGAAUCCUCUGGUCCACGAGCUGAAUAUACCACUCAAAUGGUGGGAGCUAUGAAUAGUCUGUUCGCUGCAGGAGGCUUGAUUGGCGCGCUCUUGCUUGGCUGGCUUGCAAACCAGGUUGGGCGAAAGACUUCAAUUCAGAUAAUCUGUGUGACCUCGCUGGCCGCAACGAUCAUUAGCGCUGCUUCGGUGAACUUGGGAAUGUUUCUCUUUGGCAGGGCAUUCCAGGGGUUUUCCGCUGGAAUGAUGGAUGCUGUGUGCCCAUUAUACCACUCCGAAGUCUCUCCCGCAGAUUCUCGUGGUAAGCUUGUUGGUUUCCACGCCUUUCUUCUUGUUUCGGGAUAUGCUGGCGCUGGCUGGGCUGGAUUAGGAUGCUACUUUUCACCGCCAACCGAAUUUCAGUGGAGGCUUUGUGUUGCUUUGCAGUCUGUUGCGCCUUUAAUACUGCUCAUCGGAUCACCCUGGAUCCCCGAAUCACCUCGAUGGUUAAUUUUAUACGGACGUUUUAACGAAGGUCGCGAAAAUCUCCGGAAGCUACACAGAAGCCCUGAAGAUCCAGAACAAGUAUUCGCCGAGCGGGAAUUCCAAACAAUCUGCACUCGAGUCGAGCUAGAUCGUACACAGACCAUUACUUGGAAGUCCAUCAUGGCAAACAGAUCCAUUUUGCGUCGUCUAGCUAUGGGGUUUUUCGUGGUCUUCGCUGCUCAAUGCAGUGGUGUUUUAGUCGUCAAUAAUUAUCAAAUCACACUUUACAAAGGCCUCGGAAUUACUGGUUGGAAGUCACUUCUACUGCUAAGUGUCUAUGAUACCUGGGCAGCUUUUAUGAAUUGGGUCAAUGCGAUGCUUUUGGACCGUUUUGGACGCAUAAAAAUGAUGGUUUUCGGAUUGGGAGCUGCUGCGGUGGCCCUUUCUGGCGAAGCAGCUAUGGUCGCUAAAUUUGCGGGAACUGACAAUGCCGUCGGGAACGGAUUUGGAGUUUUCUUCCUGUUUCUUUUUAUCACUGUGUUUGCUAGUGGAAUGGACGCAUCCUUUGCCUCGGUUGGAUGGAGGUACUAUCUCGUAUUCAUAUUUACACCACUUGCGUGCGCACUCGUUAUUUGGUUUUAUCUCCCCGAAACAAACGGUCUCUCACUGGAGGAAAUAGAGAAUUUGUUUGAUGCGCAGGAGAUCAAUGCUGUUCCCAUUGACCCACUCAGGACUACAAAAGAGGCCACAGACGACGACAAUCAGAACAAGGAGAAAGCCUUUGCUUAG